AUGAGCAAGCAGGACUUCUGGAGGAGGAAGCGGGUCUCCAGAGCGGAGCAGCAGGGAGGCUACUUCCUGGGAGAGGGCAGCCAAGGAGCAAGCUCUCCCACCAAUGGGUUUGUCUCCUUCACACUAGUGCCAACCGGCCUUCUGGUGCCUACCUGGCCCACCUGGCAGCCACCCAGAUUCUACUCCACUCCAGGACUAUGCCAACCUAUGGCCAUGCUCCCACCAGCUGGUCACCUCCUGUCCCUCCUGCUGGUGUUGGGCACAGGGGGUACCAUGCCCAGCCCCCAACUACCUCCCCAGGGCUGCUACGUGGCAGAGGAAGCUGGUGAGCGGACGUUCCGCUGCAGCCAGGCAGGCCUGAGUGCCGUGCCCACCGGCAUCCCCAACGACACCCGCAAGCUCUACCUGGAUGCCAACCAGAUGGCGUCAGUGCCAGCUGGUGCCUUCCAACACCUGCCUGUUCUGGAGGAGCUGGAUCUAUCCCAUAAUGUCCUUGCCCACCUCUCAGGGGCUGCUUUCCAGGGCCUGGAAGGCACGUUGCGGCACCUCGACCUCUCUGCCAACCAGCUGGCCUCGGUACCCGUGGAGGCCUUCGUGGGGCUGCAGACCCAAGUGAACCUGUCUGCCAACCCAUGGCACUGCGACUGUGCCCUCCAGGAGGUGCUCAGACAGGUGAGGCUGGUACCGGGCACUGGGACAGGCCUCGUGUGUGGCUCAGGAGCCCGACCAGACCUCGUGGGGCAGGAGUUCCUGCCACUGGCAGGGGAGGAAGAGCUGUGUGGGCCGGGGCGGGGCGGGGCCCGGCGGGGCACUGACGUGGCUUUGCUGGUCACCAUGGGGGGCUGGCUGACCCUGGUGGUGGCUUAUCUGACCCACUACGUGUGGCAGAAUCGGGAUGAGACCCGACGUCCCCUCAAGCGGGCCCCUGUGCUGCCGAUGCGCUCCGAUGGCUCCUCCACCCUCAGCACAGUGCUGUGAGGCCAGGGUCCUCUUCUCCGGCCCCACACCCCCACUCCUUCACCUGUGCUCUCUGUGUUCCUCUCACCCCCUCUGCCUCCUCCGCAGCCCCGUCGCAUCCCCCAAAUUCCACCGCCUUUCCUCCUCUGUCUCCCCGAAACUCCUGUCUCUCUCAACCAACACUAUCUUUGGUGCCUGGAGUUUUGGUGUGUACUUUUGGUGUCUACUCUGGGCCCAGAUUGUUCUAGAUUCAGAAGUCCAAAGCUCCCAAGUCCAUAGUGGUAGGGAGACGACAGAACAGAGAAUGACAGUGGGUGACACGUGUGCCAGCUCAGAAGUAGGAGCAGGCAGCUGUGGGCGCAUGGAGGGAGACCCUGCCUGGCUGAGGUGACCUCGAAGGGUUCGCUGUGCUGUACAGAUGUUUGAACUGACUCUUAAAGGAUGAGAAGGGCUUUGAGGAGAAGAGGGAGGACCUUAGCUGAAAGGUGGUGGACAAAAGCAAAGAAGAUGGAAAACAACCUGGAAUGUCUGGGCAGCAGCAAGACCUACCUGAGGGCUGGAAUA